AUGCUCGUCGAACGUGUAGCAGACGACGUCGAGAAGCCGGUUGUUGAUGACCGCUCUUAUCGCGUCAUCAGGCUUGCGAACAAGCUAGAGGCUUUACUUGUCCAUGACCCAAACACAGACAAGGCGAGUGCGUCGGUGAAUGUCAAUGUUGGCAAUUUCUCCGAUGAUGAUGAUAUGCCCGGCAUGGCUCACGCCGUAGAGCAUUUGCUGUUUAUGGGCACAGAAAAGUAUCCCGGGGAAAAUGACUAUAAUCAGUAUCUUGCUGCCCAUUCCGGCCAUUCGAAUGCCUACACUGCCGCCACCGAAACAAAUUACUAUUUUGAGGUUGCUGCCACGUCUCAUUCGCACCCUGUGGAGCCCCAGACGCCUGCGGUGCCAACUCCCUCAGCAACUCCCGCUCCCCUGGGGCCUUUGGUUGAUAGACGAUCUAGCACCGUUGAGGAGAGUGCGUCCACCACAAACGACCCAGAAUCGCCGUUGUACGGUGCUCUCGAUAGAUUCGCCCAGUUUUUCAUCUGUCCCCUCUUUCUUCCUUCGACGCUGGACCGUGAACUCCGGGCUGUCGACUCAGAGAACAAGAAGAAUUUGCAAAGUGACCCUUGGCGGUUGUUGCAGCUCAACAAGUCGCUCUCAAACCCGAAGCAUCCCUAUCAUCAUUUCUCCACUGGAAAUUUACAAACUUUGCGCGAUGAUCCUCAGAGCCGUGGGCUGGAUGUACGGCAGGAGUUCAUCAAAUUCCAUGAGAAGCACUAUUCUGCAAACCGCAUGAAGCUCGUGGUUUUGGGAAGAGAAACUCUGGAUCAACUUGAGCAUUGGGUCAUCAAAUUGUUUUCCGAUGUAAAAAACAAGGAGCUUCCACAAAACCGAUGGGAUGAUGUCCGGCCUUUUGCCCCAGAAGAUAUGUUGAAAAUGGUAUACGCUAAACCGGUGAUGGACACACGCUCACUCGACAUUUUCUUCGUGUACCAGGAUGAAUUGGAGAUGUACGAAACCCAGCCCAGCAGAUAUAUCAGCCAUUUAAUUGGCCAUGAGGGGCCUGGCAGUAUUCUUGCAUACAUCAAAGCCAAGGGUUGGGCGACUGAGCUUUCGGCUGGUGGCAUGCCCGUAUGCCCUGGUUCUGCUUUUUUCAAUAUAUCCAUCCGUCUGACCGAAGAUGGCUUGCAUCAUCACCAGGAGGUAGCCAAAGCUGUCUUCCAAUACAUUGCGCUUAUCAAGGAAAAUCCUCCCGAGCAGUGGAUUUUUGACGAAAUGAAGAACCUGGCGGAGGUCGAUUUUCGAUUUAAGCAAAAGUCACCCGCUAGCCGAUUCACAAGCAGCCUCAGCAGUGUCAUGCAAAAGCCUUAUCCCCGGGAAUGGCUGAUCAGUUGUUCUUUGCUUCGAAAGUUUGAUCCCGCACUCAUUACUCGCGGACUCAGCUAUCUCAAUGCUGAUAAUUUCAACAUCGAGCUUAUCUCGCAAACUUACCCUGGUGACUGGAACCAAAAGGAAAAGUGGUACGGCACUGAAUAUAGGGUCGAAAAAGUUUCGGAGCAGCUGCUUUCUGAAAUUCGUGAGCUGCUUGAAUCCCCGCCUGCGGGCAAGAUACCUGAAUUGCAUCUACCGCACAAAAACGAAUUCGUGCCAACGCGGUUGGAGGUAGAGAAAAAAGAAGUUGACAAGCCUGCGCAAACACCCAGUCUGAUCCGCAACGACGAACGGGUACGGACCUGGUUUAAAAAAGAUGACACUUUUUGGGUACCCAAAGCUGCAUUGGAGGUCACGUUGAGAAACCCACUUGUGUAUGCGACUCCGGGCAACAACGUAAAGACCCGUCUCUACUGUGAAUUGGUCAGAGACGCCCUGACAGAGUAUUCAUAUGACGCAGAAUUGGCAGGCUUGGAUUAUGACCUGGUGCCUAGUGUCUUUGGCCUCGAUAUUUCAAUCAUUGGAUACAAUGAUAAAAUGGCUGUUCUCCUCGAGAAGGUUUUGCACAGCAUGAAAGACCUUGAGGUUAAGCCUGAUCGGUUUAGAAUUAUGAAGGAGCGAUUGGCCAGAGGCUUCCGCAAUGCAGAGUACCAAUUGCCGUACUAUCAGGUCGGUAAUUAUACGAGGUACUUAACCGCUGAAAAGGCGUUUAUCAACCACCAAUUGGCAGAGGAGUUGGAGCAUAUCGAGGCUGCAGAUGUUGCUGCAUUCUUCCCACAGCUCCUAAGCCAGACUCAUAUAGAGGUUUUGGCCCACGGGAACCUCUACAAGGAGGAUGCUCUUCAACUUACCGACUUGGUUGAGUCAACGUUCAAAGCCCGGCCACUUCCUCGCUCUCAGUGGCGCGUUAGACGAAAUAUGAUAAUACCUCGGGGAAGCAACUAUAUUUACGAAUAUACCUUGAAAGACCCAGCUAAUAUCAAUCAUUGUAUUGAAUAUUACUUGUUUGUUGGAAGCAUAACCGAUCCUGUAUUGCGAUCCAAAAUCCAACUAUUUGCACAGAUGGCGAGUGAACCUGCAUUCGAUCAACUGCGCACCAAGGAACAGUUGGGAUACGUUGUUUGGAGCGGCUCUCGCUACUCUGCGACCACUUUAGGUUAUCGCGUGAUUAUCCAAAGCGAACGUGAUUGUGAUUAUCUUGAAUCCCGCAUUGACGCCUUCUUGGCAGGGUUUGCUAAAUACCUUGAGGAAAUGUCUGAUGCUGUAUUUGAGGCACACAAGCGCAGCGUCGUCAACAAGAGACUCGAGAAGCUCAAGAAUCUUUCGUCGGAGACCAACCGUUACUGGGCACACAUAGGAUCCGAGUAUUAUGAUUAUUUGCAGCACGAGACGGAUGCCGAAGCAGUGAAGCCACUCACAAAAUCGGAGAUUAUGGAAUUUUAUCGAAAAUAUAUUGAUCCUUGUUCUCCCUCUCGCGCUAAGCUUGCUGUCCACAUGAAAGCCCAAGCUACUGCGAGCCCUGUUGCCUCAACAGGACAGAAAGACACCGUGAUCGAGGGGUUGACCAAGUUCUUGUCGUCCGUCAACGUUGAGGUCGAAAGUGAAAAGUUGAAGAAGGCGUUUGAGAGCGUGACGAUCUCGAGCGAGGAUAUUGGUGGAAUCACAAAUACCAUGAAGCAAUUCUUAACGGAAGAAGUGAAACUUGCUGAAGACCAGAUCGCAUCCAUUGUUGAGCGAGGCAACCAAUUACUUGCCAAGUUACUUCCUGACAUUGGCGUAAAGCCCGCUUUGACUGACGGUGAGAAGACGAAAGAGGUACAAACGAAUGGUGUCAAUGGUGUUGUCGUGCCAAAUAAACCCGUUUAUAUCACGAGUGUCCCUGAAUUCAAGGCUCAUCUGUCCGUUAGUCCAGCUGCCUCUCCCAUGGUGGAUUUGAGCCAGUAUGAGGACUUUGAACCCAAGCUAUAA